GGAGCAAACAUGUAACACUUGCUGCUUAGGGGAUGAGAAGCAAAGGAACACACAGCAAUCUCAGCAACUCGAGUGGACUAUAACUUGGACAUCCACGACCUGCGCCUGUGUCAGAGCUUUUCCUCAAAAACUUCAAACAGUAAGGGAUCCACUGUCCUUGAGCAUCCAGAGGCCAAAAAAGCAUCAGCUAAUUAAAGUUAUUAGGAGAGAGCACAGGGAGAAGGAGCAAAAUGGCAGUAGCUAAUCCAUGCCUCCAGAAAGAGUCGACGGAAUGGAAGAGAGAGGUGGAGGAGAGCAGGAAAAAACAGUGGAGGGGGAGGAUAUGCCACCAGGCUACGGCUGAAGUGAGAGUUGAGGAUGAGGCGGAGGAGGAAGGUAAGGAUGCCAGCAGCUUUAAAAAGGUGAAUGAGGAAGAAGAGAACAGGGAAGUAGGAACUCUGGAGAGCAGCAACGAUGGAAGCAAGACAUUGACAUGUAGCAAAAUGACAGAAUCUUGGAAAGCUGAAGAAGAGACUGAAAAUGAUGUUGGAAAUCUUCAAGAAGAAGAUGCAAAUGGUGUGGUAUCUGAAGGGCCACUUGAUGAGGAUGAGAAUGAAGAGGAAAGUUUUGUAAAGAUGUACUAUAAAGAUGAUUAUCCUACAACCGUUUUCCUUGCCUUGAAAGAGUUCAGGGAUUCUUUUAUUCUCACUGACCUUACGCUGAACACAGAGGAUGGCAGGAGCUUAUGUGUCCACUCUGCAGUACUGGCUGCUGUCAGCUCACUCAUCUGGAUAAAACUGAAUGAAAGCAGUCUGACUGAAGGUAAACCUGCUCAUGCUAGUUCUGGAGGCCGUGGGUGGUCAGUGUCUCUUGGUCCAGAAGUAGAUUCUGUCGGAUUAGAGGCGGUUGUGGAGUUUGCGUACACUGGACUCAUAUCAUGUUUGAAUGACCAAAACGUUUCUCAGAUACAAGUUGCUGCUCGAGCAAUGGGCUCCCCUCGAGUUUUGGCCCUGUGUCACCUGUACAAAGAGAAACCCACAUUACUUUGCAAAGACAAUAAAAGGGUAAAACUCUCUGCUGCAGAACAAAUGAGCAUCAAUCUGGAGUCUAUAAAGCAGUUGUGGAUGGACAGAGUUGGUUGUGAUGUCCGGUUGGAAGCAAUUGGUGGAUCGGUUCUUGUUCACAGAGUUAUCCUAGCUGUCAGUAGUGACUACUUCCGUGGGAUGUUUACGUUGGGUAUGAAAGAGUCCCUUCAGUCUUGUGUGAGUCUUCCGUUCCUCUUGGCCUCAGAUCUAGAAGUUCUGAUUGGCAGCUCCUACAAUGGGGCUCUUCCCCUCAACUGGACGGGUGUCUUUGAGAUCGCUUGCCUUUCUUUUCAGCUCCAGUAUCAACCUGCCCUGUCCUUGUGCUUUAGCUUCCUUCAGCAAGAAAUAAAUGCUCACACUUGUCUUGACGUGGUAUCUUUUGCUGAAGCCUAUGAAAUGGCACAUCUUCUUGAAGCUGCAGAUGAUUUUGUCCUUCGGCAGUUCCAAGAGGUUGCCUGCACCUCCAAGUUCAAGGACCUGUCUGCCAAACAGCUCGUGAAGUACCUGAAUAGCAACUCACUCUGUGUUUCAUCUGAGCUUGUUGUGUUUAAUGCUGUCCUAUCAUGGAUACAAGCAAAGCCCAGUCGAAGGAUUAGACUCGCAGAUGAGUUAAUGAAAACGGUACAAUUUUCCCUGAUGACAUUUAAGGAAUUCAAAGAGGUCCAAUCACAGAACAUUUGGUGUGAUCACAUCUUGACAGAGGUUUAUAAAAACGUGUCUGAAGACUUCUGCGGCACCCGGACUCCGCAAAAGAGCCAAUGCCGUAUCUAUCUGCCCAAAGAGAGUCUUGUCUUGAUUGGGGGCGACCAGAUCUCUGAAGACCUGUGCAGCCGCAGCGUCAGCAGAGAUGUUUGGUUUGGAAAUUCUGUAAGAAGUCUAACAGGGACAAACAAGGCAAUUGAGUGGAGAAGAUUGGGAGAAAUGCCAGCUUCACCAAGGUUCAGUCAUGAAGUUGCUGUGCUCAAUGGGCAACUUUACAUUCUUGGAGGCAAAAAAUAUUACGGCAAGGGUGACAUCUUUAACUCCGUUUACAGGUGUGACCCACUUCAGAACAACUGGGAGUGCCUGUGUGAGAUGCAAGAGAAGAGAUCCUCUUUCUCUGUGGUUGUACUGGAUGGACGAUUAUAUGCUGUUGAUGGAUACUGUGAACCUGAUCAUAUGGAUACUGUUGAAUGUUACUACCCCACUACAAACUCCUGGAGAUUUGCCUGCCCAUUGGAUCUACCAUUGGGUGGGCAUGUAGCAAAGGUUUUCAAAGGGCAGAUCUUUAUCUCAGGAGGACAAAACACUGACCAGUUAUGUGUUCCAUCUAUGUUCCUGUAUCACCCGGAGACAGGAAGCACCUUCCUGACAAGCAUGAGCAAGCCUCGAGCUCAUCACAGCAUGGAGACUUUGGGAGAACACCUGUAUGUAGCAGGAGGAAUCACCACAAAUGAUAACAUGACCGUUAUUGACCAGCUUGCCUGUGAAAUGUACAGUCCAGCUGCAAACUCCUGGACCGCGUUUACAUCCCUGCAAGUGCCACACGUCGGGGCGGGGAGUGCAGUUUUGGAGGGAAAGUUUUAUUUGUUGGGUGGAUACAGCCAGGAGGACUUCAGUGACACUAACAUGGUCCAUCGCUAUGACAACGCCACACAGAAAUGGGAGAACAUGGGACAAAUGCCAGGGCCCAACAAUGAAAUACGAGCAUGUGUGCUGCGUUUGCCACAACAUUUACGUCUGUAAAAUGUUGUCAGCAUAUCAGCGAUUUCAGACAUAAACUUUCAGGAGCUAAUAUUUUUUUUACAAUGACGUGUGUUGGGCUUUUGGCUUCUAGUAUCUGAAAUAGGAUUUUUGUAAGGAGAAACUCAAAGUUCAAGUAUUCAAGUGUUGAAGUGAUCAUCUUAAAAUCUAAAUUAUUCAUCUCAAACUACACAAAUUUGGCGGUUUUAUUGACCUUUGCUUCCAUUUUUUAAGCUAAAGUUGCCUGUUAAUUAUGUGCAUCCAAUAAUGAAAAAACAAACACUACUGCAGUAGUAAUUUGAAACUUGUAAAGUUUUCAAACUGACUAGAGAUGCUAUGGUCCCUGUAUAUUGUAGUAAACAGGUUAUUAAGUAAGUGCAUUUUUAACAGUGAAUCAAAGUUUAUUGUUUAUGUUUAAUAUAUGUCUUAUGAUAAAUGUGUCCGAACUCUGCGAUAUAUAGGUGCAGAGAUAUUUAUAUGACUGAGAGUUUUGCUGAAAUAAAUUCUGUAAAGUCUCCUUUCAUCAGUGGAUUUUUUUAUAAUGUAUGUAACAUGGGGAAUAAUUAGGUCUGUCACAAUAAAUUCAUCUGGAUGAUAAAUUUCCCCAGAAGUUAACAUGAAAAUAAUUUUCUCCUUGCAAUACAAAACUAUGACCACAAGAGGGCCCUGUCCUCCCACUCCCACUUUGCUCAAUUGAGACACUAGUAAAAGGUUUUAAGGCACAGUAAACCUUGCAAUGAGAUAAAAACAACAAUUC